AUGGUGGUGCACACCCAGUACAACGGCAAGAGGGAAAGUAAAAAAUCAUUAGUGGCAGACAAUCAUCCCAGAAUCAGUAACUAUUUUAAGCCAACGCCUAAAAAACCAGCGAUAACCAAACGCAAGCAUGAAACCAAUGAAAAUACCGAUUGCAACGAUGAGAAUCGCAAGAAAACACCUUCACCUACAAACUCACAACAGAAAAAACCAGGGCUUGGAACCAAAGAAAACACCAGGCCUGCCUUGAGAGAUAUAAAUCCAUCUAAAUCUCUAAAUCAAACAUGUCACAAUCAGCCUACCAAACCUGCUUUUACAGUACUGUCAGAUGAAGAUAUUAAAAAGGGUGUUGAAAAGGCAGUAACGCCUCCUAUUCAAGUCUAUUGUGAUAAUGAAGAAGAAGAAGAGGUGCCAUUCUUUGUCUAUCGUGAUACAGAAGAUCAAUCAGCACAUGAGACGCGUAGUCAAGAAGACAAGCCAAAAGAACAAAACACACAAUUCAUACCCGAGACAGAAGAGACACAAUGGACUGAAGUAACUUCUUCGCCUAUCCAUGUAUUUGAUGAUGAAGAUGAAGAAGACGCGCAGCCUGAAAUAUCUGCAAGUCAAGUGCAAGAAAAAGCCGAAUAUGCUAAAAACGGAUUACGAAAAAAAACAGAUGAAAAUGCCGAUUAUGGCAACAAUGAUGAUGAUGAUGACUUUGACGACGAUGAUUUGUUUACAAAAACCACCGAUACAGCCAUUACAUACAAACCCAUUGGACUUGCAGAGAAAAAGCCUCUUAAUGAACUUGUUUCAACCACAGGCUCUACUUUCUUUGAUGAUGAAAAAGAUGAUACAUUUGUAGACGCCAUUCAUUUCUCGUUUGGAGAUCAAAGUGAUGAAGAAAAGGGAGGCAGUGACUUUGUUGAUCCAGACUUGGAAUUCUCAGUAGGCGAUAUACCACAGGACGAUUUACCACAAGUUGAUCCAACACUGACAUUAUCACCACAUAGUAUUGAACCAGUCAAAGAGAUUCUUGUGCCAUAUCCAAAUCCUCGGGGUGAAACUGUCUUGGAAAAACUAAAUCUUAAGAAAAUGAAUGAAAGCAAAGCUGAAGAUGACUUGCCUAGCUUGUCUUGAUCUUUAUAUACAUAUUCAUCAUUUAUGAAUCAUACCCCCACACCUUCUUUAUAAGUUGAAUAAAUAAUGGACAC